UGCUGUGUUGUGAUAUGUUUGUCACUUUGAGUUUCACUUUCCUUUCUUUGAAACAGGCAGCCCUGAUCUCAGCAGAACCAUCACCAAACCGUGGCUGCUCCAUAAAUCAGAGCAGAGAAUACUCCAUUUACGCCCCAUCCAACUCUGAAAACAGAUACGGAACAAUGGAAGUGACACCCAGAUUGACAUGGAAUGAAGAAAAAAGUCUGCAAAAGCUGCUUGGAAAUGUUUCCUUGAGACUUCUUUAUAAAUCUAGUGUCCAUGGAAAUAGCUUUGGAACUAUGCUUAAUAAGUGCAGUUGUCAGGGAUCCACUAUAUUAAUGGUUUAUCUUCCCAAUAAUGUUUUUGGGAUCUUUGUGCUUGAGAGUUAUCCUGAAAUGUCUGAACAUUUGAAAAAGCCAACCACUUCUUUCCUUUUAUCAUUUCAAAAGAACAAAAUAAUGGAAAUGACAGCUGCAUUUUUUAAUUCAACAGUGGACUUAAUUGAUAACAAACUUAGAUUUAAUUUUUCUCAGGUUCAGUAUGUUUUACUACGUUCAAAUACUCAAAACAUCUUUAUACCUCGUUUGUUAGGAGAAAAAUUAGGACUAACAUAUGACUUUAAGUCCCAAUAUACAGAAUAUGAAGUUUUUCGAGUUGAAGGAAUGAAGGAUGAACCAGGCUACAUAAAUAGGAUAGCAGGAGCCACACCGCACAGAGAUAGUCUCCUAGCAGAACUCAGAGCCUACAGGCCCUAUGCAGACUUGGUUUCAGAAAUCCGUAUUCUCUUGUUGGGUCCAGUUGGGUCUGGAAAGUCCAGUUUUUUCAAUUCAGUGAAGUCCAUUUUCCGAGGCCAUUUGACUCGCCAGGCCAUAGUGGGCUCUGAUAUCAGCACCAUUACUGAAAAGUAUAGGAUAUAUUCUAUUAAAGAUGAAAAAGAUGGCAAAUCUCUGCCAUUUAUGUUAUGUGACUCCAUGGGGCUGAAUGAGAAAGACGGUGUAGGAUUAUGCGUGGAUGACAUACCCCACAUCUUAAAAGGCUGCAUGCCCGACAGAUAUCAGGUAAGAAUUCUCCAAUGUCUAAAACAUUUCAAAUCAUUUUCAUCAGUGCUUUUGGUUGAUCUUUCACUUCAUAAGGCAGUUUCAACUGUCAUUAAAGUGGUUUCAACCCCAACUAACAAUACUGUGUUUAAAUUAGUAAAUAUUCAUGUAAGGAAAGUAGAUAAUGGCUCUUCUUUUCAAUAGCAUUAAGAAAUAUAGCCAAAAGGCAGGAUUCUACUUGUGUAGGUUACAGGUAAGGAUCAGGAGGAGAUGUUUUUAUAUCACUCUUUACAAAGAUGUAAAAUGGGGAAGUGGUAGCUUGCAUUUUUUUUUGAUCACUUAGGGCAAAAUAUUGAGACAACCACUUUUUUGUUGAAGGGUGACAUUAUAUUGAAAGUGCUCAGACUUCACUAAAAUACUUAGAUUCCGUGGUUUGCUCUGCCACUAAUUAGAUGUGUACACAUGAGCAGGUUACAUAAUGUCUCUGUAAAUCAGUUUUUUUCAUGUGUGAAAUGCAGAUAAUAAUAAUUCUCAUCUCUUAGGUGGCCAAGAAGAUUAAAUGAGAUUAUGCCUUCUAAAUUCUCAAAAAGUUAACCAUUAUUAUCACCUUUCUUUUAGGUGUUGGGAACAGUAAAAUCAGUCUCAAUUUCUAAAUGGUGACUUCCUUUGCUUCUCAAUUGUUCUUCAUUGGAAACCUUAAUGAGGCACUUAUUUUUUAAAAACUUUAUUGAAAACCUAAUUUGUGCUGAUUCCAUGCUAGUUACUGAAAACACACAGUUGAAUAAGAACAUAAUCCUUAUCCUCAAAGAGCUCACAAUCUAAAAAGACAAAAAUACAAGGAGGAGGAGCAGGGCAGAGAAAUGUGAAAAAUCAUGAACAUACAGGCACCUUCAUUUCUCACAGGAGAGAGUCAAUCGCUUCAGUCCAACAUUUAAAUACUUAGUUAAAAAAAUAGUGAUCUUAGCCUUGCAUUAGGUUUUGCAGUUAUUUUCUUAAUCUUGGGAUGAUUAUUGUCUUAUGGUAAGGAGACGUUAAUUUGAAGAUUUGUAUUUCUUCUGUUUCACUUUUGUUUCUUUUUCUCGUGUAAAAUUAAAAGAAAGUAUAAUAUUUUAGUUUACAUGGCAUUUUUAAUAUAUUUUUUCCUCUUGCCUUUUCUUUCUAUUCAUUUGUCCAUUUAAGUAUGCAAAAUGCUUAAUAGGAGUCUUAAAUGGUAACAAAUAAUAUUAGUAUCUUUUUCUGGAGACUGGGGAUUUGAAAUUAGCUUUUUUAAAAAACACUGGUACUUGCCCAUAAAAAAACAACAACAACAAAAAAAACUAAUGAUAUUUGCAGCAACAUGGAUGCAAUUAGAAAUUCUCAUACUAAGUGAAGUGAGUCAGAAAGAGAAACACAAAUACUAUAUGAUAUCACUUAUACGUGGAGUCUAAAAUAUGGCACAAAUGAAUCUAUCUACAAAACAGAAAUGGACUCACAGACAUACAGAGCAGACUUAUGGUUGCCAAGGGGGAGGGAGGAGGAAGUGGGAGGGACUGGGAGUUUGGGGUUAGUACAUGCAAACUGUAUCAUUUAGAAUGGAUAGACCAUAAGGUCCUAGUAUAUAGCGCAGGGAACUAUAGCCAGUCUCUUAGGAUAGAACAUGAUGGAAAGUAGUAUGAGGAAAAGAAUGUAUAUAUUGUUAUGAAUGGGUCACUAUGCUCUAUAGCAGAAAUUGGCACAGCAUUGUACAUCAACUACACUUUAAUUAAAAAAUUUAAAAAAUUUAAAAUAUUGUACUUUUCGGAAAUAUUUUCAGUAUGGAUAAUUAAGUUAUGGAUAAUUGUCAUUUUUGCCAAAGCAAUGGGGUGGAUUGUUUUAUAAAAAAGAUAUAAUGGCACUAUGGUGGAUGUGGAGAGGAUGUAUGAAGGUGCUACUAGUGAAUCUGGGGAUGGAAUAUCUGGGGGAAGGGGAAGUUUUGGGGUGGAGGUGUGUGUUGGUCAUGUUUGAAACAUGAAUUUUAUCAGAAAGAAUUCCAAAGAGACUCUCUAAAUGUUCUUGCAUAUUUCUAUAACAGUUUAACCCCAAAAACCAAUUACACCCAAGCAUCCUACUUUCAUCACCUCUCCAUCGCUGAAUCACAGGAUUCACUGUGUGGCUUAUGUCUUUGAUAUCAACUCUAUUGACAACCUCUCCUUUCAAAUGUUGGCAAAAGUCAAACAAGUUCAAAAAGAAGUAUUAAAAUGCGGUGUCUCACAGGUAGCCUUGCUUACUAAAGUGAAUAAUUGCAAUGGAGUUCUUCAAGACAACUUCUUACAGAUGAGUGAAUCUAUGAUUUAUAAAAGCCAGGUAAAGAAUACUUUUUGCAACUAGAGAGUAUUAUAAUAGAGUUAUGUGUGUGUGUGUGUGUGUAUACUAUUUAUUCACAGGUCAAUGGAUAAAUGGAUCAAUUGUCUCAUUGAUUCAAGUUUAUAAACCACUUUAAAAUAAUAAUUUUUCUGAAUUAUAAUUAUAUUCAGAAAAUAUUAAGGUAUUGCCAUUUCUGUUCUUUCUUGAAUUAUAUUUAAAUUUCGUCAAUUUUCAGAUAAAGACAACGCUCAUUAAAUUCAUUUUUCCACAGGUAAGGGAUGUUAACAUGAUGCUAGGCAUUCCUAAGUCUAAUAUCUUGGUGGUAGAAAAUUAUGCUUCAGAGCGGGAGAUGGACCCUUUACAGGACAUUCUGAUACUCUCUGCACUGAAGCAGAUGACUCGGGCUGCAGAUGACUUCUUAGAGGAUUUGCCUCUUGAGUGAACAGAUGCAAUUGCAGGAAUGUUCCAGCUCUGCAUGAGAUGUCAGUUGCCUGGAUCCAGACACUUGGCCCAAACCGGGAUAGCUGACAGCCUCUUUGAAACUCUGCUUCCAUUCAUGUUUUGCCUUCUGUCCCUGAGAGCAUCUAACUGAAGGUUCUUCUGGGAUCAUCAUAACUCAAAUGCAAAGACCAACCCUGAGCAGUAGUGAGCCAAGAUAUGCCCUACUGAAAACCACCCUCUGUAUUUCUGCACUAUUUACAAUUUCAUUUCUGCGACACCUCUCUAAAUCUCAGCAAAAUCAGCUAUUCCCUUAUUUGUCUGUAACAUUUAAUUUAAAACUCUAUGUGAGUACAAAUCACAUUGACUAUAAAAUGGCUACAUUUACUUUUUAAAAUAAAUUUGAGUUAUUUAAGAA